AUGACAUUAAAUGAUGAGGCUAGAGAGGAGUUGACCUGGUGGAUCAACUCUGCCCCAGACAGUUACAAUGUUGUUAGCCAUGGGCUACCAGCUAUUGUAUUAACCACAGAUGCCUCUUCUACAGGUUGGGGUUGUACCCUGGGCGAAACUAGGACAGGGGGAAACUGGACCAAAGAUGAGGCACAACAUCAUAUAAACUACCUAGAGUUGUUAGCUGUCUUCUUGGCACUGAAAACCUUUUCAAACUCUUUAGCAGGAAAACAUGUAAAAGUUAUGAUUGAUAAUAUGACUGCACAAUCUGAUAUUAAUCACAUGGGUACCAGUAAGUCAGAUUUACGAAAUGCACUUAGCAAAUCUAUGUGGCUCUGGUGUCGUGCAAGACAUAUUUGGUUUACAGGUGUCCACAUUCCUGGGGUAGAAAAUGUUGAAGCUGACCAUCAGUCUAGAAUCACCAACACUAGUGCUGAGUGGUCACUCAAUAAACAGAUAUUUUAUGAUGCAAUAUCUAGAUUAGGGGUAACACCCGAUAUAGAUCUGUUUGCUUCAAGAAUAAGUUACCAAAUAGAACCAUAUGUGUCUUUCCAUCCUGAUCCAGGAGCUAUAGCUGUAAAUGCUUUCCAUAUAUCAUGGCAGAGGUAUCAACCUUAUAUAUUUCCACCGUUCUGUCUCAUUUCUAGAAUUUUACAGAAAUUCCAGGAGGAACAGUGCACUGUUGUUGUAGUAAUCCCAAGAUGGCCAACUCAGACAUGGUGGCCAAAAAUAAUGAGUCAACUAAUAGCUCAACCAAUACUAUUACCGAAAACAAAGACGACACUGAUCCUCCCGAGCAAUCCGGAAGCAAUACAUCCACUGUAUCCGCAUCUAGAGCUAAUAAUCUGCCACUUGUCUGGAAAUCCCUUGAAGAACAAGGCAUUUCAGCAGGUGCUUCCAACAUUAUUGUCCAAUCUUGGAGACAAGGUACUGCCAAACAAUAUAGAUCUUACCUUCAGAAAUGGGAACUUUACUGUAACAAGAGGAAAAUUGAUCCAAUUCAUCCCACUAUAGCAGAUGGAAUAAAUUUUUUAUCAUCCCUGUAUGAAUCCGGCGUCGGGUACAGCGCAAUUAAUACUGCACGAAGUGCGUUAUUCUCUAUCCUUCUCCUACCAGGAAAUGUCAGUUUUGGUUCUCACCCACUUGCAACACGACUGCUUCAAGGUAUAUUCGAACUGAGACCAUCACUUCCUAAAUAUCAAGAUACCUGGGAUAUCUCUGUCGUGCUUAAAGUUCUUGAAGAAUGGAAACUUGAAGGCAAUUCACUUAAGGUUUUGUCACUCAAACUGUCUAUGCUGUUCGCAAUUACAACAAGUCAGCGGCUUCAGACCCUCAAAGCAUUAUGCAUCAAUAAGAUGAACUUAAAAUCAGACAAGUGCAGUUUUGAAAUUGAUGUAUUGCUGAAAACCUCUCAGCCGGGAAAACAUCUGAACAAAGUGGUGAUAGCAGCUUAUCCGGGUAACAAAAAUUUGUGUCCGGUGCAGCACUUGAGGUUCUAUUUGGAAAAACAUCAACAUUGA